AUUACCGAGCUAGGCAUUUCGUUAAGUUUUGCCAUUAGAUCUGAUCUGUUAUUAAUAUUUUUUCUAUCAUCCAACACUAUACGAUACUAAUGAUGUUUAUUUUAGCUGAGCGGUUUUUCGUUGAAAAUUCUUCUAGAAAUCGAUUUUCGUUCAUGUCAUCUCGGAUAUGAGUGAAUAUGGUAUUAAUGCAUUCAGUUUGAUGUCCUGAAACAAAUAUAUGAGAUGACAAGCGCGAAAAUGGUGAGGGUAGUUACUGUAACGUCAUAGAGUCGGGACUACAAAGUUUUUACUUUUUUCUUUUAAACAUACCAUGUGGGGUACUAUAACAGUUUAAAUACAUUGAUAAAGUUUCGAAAACUGAUGAGCUAUGGACGCCAAUUUAUUCCAAAUCGUUGUAAUUUAAGGUGUUAUCUUAAUUAUGUUGAAUCUAAACAAAAAAUAACUAAUAGGCUAAGUAGGUAUAUUUGGAUUUAAACCUGCUGUUAUCUGCCUGAUUGUAAAAUUGUUAUUAAAUUAUUAAUUAUCGUUUCUUUGGAAAAAAAUAUAGGCAACAGACUGAAUAUAAUGAGUCUAAGAAAUUCCAAAACACGCUAAUGUUAUUUCUUAUAUUAAUCUGCCUAAAUUUAAUCUCAGUUUGAUUAUUUAGAGAGCGUAAUUAAAGUAGAAAACUUAAGUAAUAUUAAGUCCUUAAUUUGUAGACUAAUCAGCAAAAGAACCCAAUGAGCUUUUCGUGUACUUAUAAACACAAGAAAAUAGUCGGGUACCCAAUUAGAAUGUCCUAUUAUCAUAUUUUCUAUAUGUCUGGGUUGAAAGUAAUUUUCACGCCUCAGCUAGGCUCAGUAAUUAAACAACAGUCGCCUUCAGCUCGCGGUACAUAGUAUGUCAAUGUUCAGAGAUUAAAAAAAGUUUUUUGCGUUCUUUCUAACAUUACUGUACAUGUUAAAAUCAUUUAGUUAAGAACGUAGUGAUUAUAUGCUCUUUGUUAACUUGUAAAUUAUCAGUAUCACACUAUGUAAGUAGUUGUUAUUUUAUGUUAAUGUUGUAAACUUAACAUUAAGAUCGGUUUUAAUAAAUGAGACUUUGAGAACCUUUUAUUGUAAUUUUCUUUUAAUAAGUGACAAGUAUCAUAGACGAAGUAACUGAUAAGUUCCUGCAUAUUAUACAACUCUUUGGAUUCCUGAUAGAUCAUUAAGACUGGCGCAAACUACACGGAGAAGCGGUCGUCCAAUUUUAUUGUCAAUGUCCUGAUAAAAAAAACCGCGUUUGAAGUUGCUGUCAAGUUUCUAAAUUAAGGAGUAUCUAAAAUUAUUGUAAAUUAUUUAUAAUACUUAUACGUGAAAUUGAUUAUUAUGGCCAAUAGAAAUACUACAGAUGCAAUGCAACCUAAGCACAUGACUUUCUCAAACUCGAAAGUUCCUAUCAUCGGAUGCCUCGUAGACUAUUUGGACAUCGGCUUUAACUACUUAUGCAGCAGAUCGUUUACUAGAGGCGAGAAACUUCAGUUGAGCGGCGCAAGACCCUCCCUAUCACCCACAUUCCUAGCUUUCGUUUGUCUUUUGCUAGGUUUCAUUGCCAAUGUUAAGUUAGAAGUAGUGAAGUUUGACGAAACCCCGCUGAACUACGAUUUGCAUUUCAUGUUGAUGAGCAAAGAAGAUAACAUUUAUAUUGAUGACAUCGAUCCGUCUCGUGUUAUGUGGUGUAUUGAAGCUUCUGACUGCGCUGUCUUGCUCAUCAGCUUUUCACUUAUCUGGAAUUCUUCAAAUGUGAAGUCAUCGUUCAGCGAAUACAUGUUCUUGCCCUGGCUGGGAGUGACACUGCGAGGACUCAUUCUUCGCCAGCUCCCGACUGUGGCGGCCCUCAUCUACACCAUGGCGGUCAUCGACAGCCAACAUGUCAACCCGAUGUUUCUGACUACCUUCUCCUUUCUGUUCUUGUUGCAAGCGCGGAUUUGCUUGGAAAUCAUUCGAGCAUUGCGCGCGCGCUGGCAGCGGCGCGCAUUGUCGAGCGACGAGCGGCGCGUCCAGGUCGAGACCCUGUGGAGCAACGAGGAGGACGAUGUGCCUAGCGUCGAGAUGCGCAACUUCCUUUACUAGCUCCAUGUGAUUGAGUAUACCCUAUAUGAAUUCUAAUGACCAAUCUGCGCGGUGUUAACUGAGCAAUGAUAAUUUGCAAUUAAAAUUUGUCAAAAAGCAA